UAAAUCCUAGAAUGAUUUUUGGGUAGAGGAAAGUGUUGAGUGGACAAUUUCAAUAAAUACGUGUAGUUUAUUUUACACAGUAAUUGUUUUUUGCUAGUUUUCUUGAAGGUUGCCAGUAAUUCUACAGUUGACUGUUGGUUUCAACAAUAUUUCAAACCCAUUAUAAAUACUCUCUAGAGGGCAUUGUUUUAAUCCGGCUAAGCAGAACUACUGUCCGAUACUUGCUGUGAAAAUAUGAAGCUGGUUAACGUGAACAGGAAGUGUAAGUAGCUGUGUAUGCGGUAAGGCAGACCAAUGCUGCGCUGCAAUAAGCAAGGCGAGGGAAGUAUCUCAAACAGGAAGUGUCUGUUAUUCAUCAGGGCCCUGAAACAUACAGUCGAUGCACAGUGAGCAGUCAGUUGUAGCACGGAAAAAUUCAGCCAAUGGCCCACGCGCGGGAUCAAAACGUUGGCCAAUCUAUGGGCACCAACAUUGCUCUCCAAAAGCUGGACAAUUUCGCCACUCGUUUUUUUUUUAACAUGCACCGCAAGGGAAAACACGAUAAAGAGAGUGACGGGCCGCAUGUCUCAGCGUACACCCACAGUUGGGAUGAAAGAAUGAAAGAAUUUUUAGCCAAAGCCAGAGAGGAUUUCUUGAGGAAAUGGGAGUGUCCACCACAGAGCACAACCUGCCUUGAUGACUUUGAAAGACUGAAAACUCUAGGUACCGGGUCUUUUGGAAGAGUUAUGUUAGUGAAACAUAAAGGAACAGAGCAACACUAUGCUAUGAAGAUCCUGGACAAGCAAAAAGUGGUGAAGCUGAAACAAAUAGAACACACGUUAAACGAGAAGAGAAUAUUGCAGGCCGUAUCUUUUCCAUUCCUCGUCAGAUUGGAAUUCUCUUUCAAGGACAACUCAAACUUGUAUAUGGUUAUGGAGUACGUCCCUGGUGGAGAGAUGUUCUCACACCUCAGACGAAUUGGAAGAUUCAGUGAGCACCAUGCCAGGUUCUAUGCAGCUCAGAUCGUGCUCACGUUUGAGUACCUCCACUCGCUAGACCUCAUCUAUAGAGACCUGAAGCCUGAGAAUCUUCUCAUUGAUCAACAGGGAUACAUCCAGGUCACAGAUUUUGGCUUUGCUAAAAGAGUAAAAGGCAGAACUUGGACAUUAUGUGGCACACCAGAAUACCUGGCUCCAGAGAUCAUCCUUAGCAAGGGCUACAAUAAAGCUGUGGAUUGGUGGGCUCUUGGUGUUCUGAUCUAUGAAAUGGCCGCAGGUUACCCACCCUUUUUUGCCGACCAGCCAAUCCAGAUAUAUGAGAAAAUUGUAUCUGGAAAGGUACGAUUCCCUUCUCACUUCAGUUCCGAUCUGAAGGACUUGCUGAGAAAUCUUCUUCAGGUUGAUCUGACCAAACGCUUUGGCAAUCUAAAAAACGGCGUCAACGACAUUAAAAACCACAAGUGGUUUGCUACAACAGAUUGGAUCGCUAUUUAUGAAAGACAGGUUGAGGCUCCCAUCAUACCAAAGUGCAGAGGACCAGAUGACACAAGCAACUUCGAUGACUAUGAAGAGGAGGAGAUCCGGAUCUCAGACACAGAGAAGUGUGCUAAAGAGUUCCUGGAGUUUUAGUAGGACAAGGGUUCACAAAGGGCUCUUACAUAUUGGGAUUUUUAUUUUCCUUUACUUUGCACUCCUUCAGAGGUGAGAGUGAAGCUCCGACCAUCGUGCGUGUUUAGACUGUUUCACAUUUCUUCAUUCCAUGAGGUUGCGAGAGAUUCAUGAGUGCCAUGAUCUCUGUGCAGUUUGCACCAAGCUAUAGAUGAAGUUUGGCACGAAAUGCAGUUUCUGGUUUGGGCUGCAACACAAAGCACCAGACACACUCUUUGUUGUUUUUUUUUGUUUCGUUUAGUUUUUUUUCCCUCACUCUUUCUCUCUCUUUCUCUCUCUCUCCUUUUUUUUGGUUAGGUUUCAAGCAUCAUUUUUGAAAAAUGUUGUUUUCUUGUAAUUAUUAUUAUUAUUAUUUUUUUAACUGUAAUGAAUGAAGAGGCCACUUUUACUUGUGUUUAAGGAAAUUAUUACUAUUAGUCUGUGAUAAUGCACUUUUUUAAAGAUUGGUGCUGCUUGUUCUUGCCAGCAACAUAUUACAUCAGUUACAUGCUAAUUCAGUUCUUAAGCUUUAUGCUGUUCGUGACAUAUUCACUUCCCGCCUACAUAGAGUGAAUGUGUGUAUGCUUGUGUAUCACUGUGUGUGGGUGGUACAUGUUUGUGUGUGUGUGUUUGUGUGUGUGCACGCACGCAAAAUGCCUACUGAAAGUGUAUUCUGAAAGAUUAUUAUUUAGAAUUAUUAUUAUUAUUAUUAUUAUUAUUAUUACUAAAAGCAGUUCACAGUAACAGCCAGAGCAGAGAGUAGAAACAUUUUUUUCAUCUUGAUGAAGUAGUUACAGUGCUCAUUGCAUUUGUACGAUUGAUACGCCAGCUAGGCCGGUCAUGAUUAUAAAAUUUUUGCCUGACAAUUAGCUUCCAGCUAAUUACGGUUUACUAUUUCCUUUUAUGCUACUCUUCUAAUAAAAGCUUAACAGUAGUGUAAUUAUGGCCAUGUAUUUGACAGCAAAAAUUUGCAUCCUUCAAGGUUUUAGGAUGGAAAACGGAAAUUUUUACUCAACUCAAACUUAUCUACAGUUGCCGAUCAGUUCUAAAAAUCAAAUGUAGGUCUAUCCCAACGAUAAGACAAGAAUCUAAAAUAUAACAUAGAUCUAAAAUAUAAGGAAUUUCAACAGAGAAAUAGUAUGAAAAGACGUUUUGCUACAAUCUAUAGGAGACAAUAUAUGGCGCAUAUAUAUAUAUAUAUAUAUAUAUAUAUAUAUAUAUAUAUAUAUAUAUAUAUAUAUAUAUAUAUAUAUAUAUAAGCAUCUACAGUUGUGUUCAGAAAUUUACACACCCCUUGCACAUCGUAAUAAAAAUAAUAACAAAAUAAUAACAAAUUUACACUUCUAGACCGUUUAUAAUAAUGAAAUAUAUAAAAACCUAUUACUGAAAUGCACAAGCAGGUACAAUAGCAAAAACUAUGGUAAUGAUAAUUUAGCAAGAGUUAGUCUAUUUACACUAAAUAUUACAUAACAAAACCCAAGUUAAAGAUUUAACACCUUUGACUGAGAAUAGUGAUAUGAAGUUCAAGCGAGAUACGAUACGAUGCGAUGCAGCGAUUUGAGUAGAUUAAUAAGCUAAUUAAGAAUAAUAAGCUGAUUAACUUCAGCUGACUACAUACAGUAUGUCUCUAUGGAAACAUGGUUUCAUUUAAAUGCUUUUAUACCACUGCACUGUUGAAUUCUUGAACCUGAUUGGACAGAAGGUGUUGAUUUCAUUUUCUACAACAGCAGCUCUGACUGUAGAUGCGGGUGUAAUUGCAGUGACAGGUUUCUAUUAAUAUACUCAUUCUAAUAUAUUACUCUUUCUACUUCUGUAGUAACCACUUAUUCACAGGGACUUGUAUGAAGGACACACCACAUAACCUAAGUCUAUUAAAGAACGUAUAAAUAAAAUGUGUUAUUAUUUAACAAAGACAUAUAUUUGUUGAUAUGGUGAGGGUUUUCUGUAGGGAUAUGUUUAAUGUUUAUUUAAGGAGUCUCAGGUGUCAGCGCUUUGAAACAGUCAGUGGGUUUUCCUCCAUGAUGGAGUCUUCAGGACAACUUACAGUUUUCUGGUAACAUGACAAGCUGCUGUUUUUGUUUUAUUAACUUCACGAGAGCGAAAAAGAGAGGCUGGUGACGAAGUGACUGUUUAUAGUCGCUGUAACGUAAGUCAUAACAGAAACUUGUUUUACGGUUAGUCCACAAUGUUAAAUGUAGAUAUAAACGUAAAAGUACGAUACGUCAUUCUUCAAUACAUUAAACAUUGUACUCGUUGGCUACAAAAAUUGCUGUAGUACAAGAGGAAUAAAAUACUUUACACAUUCUGUUAUAGGAAAAUAAUCAGCUUUGUGGUAAAAGUAAGUCCGAUUUGCACUGCAAAGUUACACAUUACACAACUACAUCAUUGAUUAUUUUUCCAUAACAAGUGUUUUAUUCCAUAUUCAUCAUUCAUUUAUCCCCAGUAAGUUUAUUCUGGUCAGUGGAUAUGGAGCCUAUUCCAGCAAUACUUGACGUAAAGCAGGAAUACACACCAGGACACACUUCUUUUAAUCGGCUCAAAUAAUCUCAUGAUUAGGUUGUUAUGUAUUAUGUGAAAGGCCUGCAUGGAAAAGACAGGCUUUUAAUCUGUGACUCCACUUUCCCGGUUCACACUGUUAGUCUUCAAGAAUAUCCUCCACUGUGUAUUGUAUGUUGCUUCAUGUUUUUCUCAUCACCUUAUAUUCCACAAAAUUUGAUUUCAUUCAUUCAAUCACGAGGAUCUUAGUUAGAUCGCGGCAUUUACAUUCAGCACACAAAAAACCCACGUUAUUUUGAUGACUGAACUGUCUAUCAUUUCAUAUUUCUAUUUCUGUUUAAGAAGUUUAUUUAGAAAUAUGUUAGAGACGAAUUAUACAUAUAAUGUUCUAUUUGUUGAACCCUUCUGACUGACAUUUCUAAAAAAUAAUAAUAAUAAUAAAAAACCGUCAUUCAAAGUUCUUACAAUUUUAGUGGAAGGCAGUGUUUUAUUUUAUUUGAAUGUUAUCAGCACUUGAUACUCCCAAAAACAAUAUUUAAAAAAAAAAAAAAAAAAAAAAAAAGAUUUAGUAUUUCACUUGUCAGUGUGGGCUCUAGUAUGCAAUGUCUAUGUAUUUAGUUUGUAUGAUAAUUUGCACAAUGUCAUUUAGAAAGUGCGCCCCCUUUCCCCUGCAUUAUUAGCCUACAUGUAUUUUUAAGGGAUGUGUCCACCUUUUCGCUGUAGCAUAUUUUAUGUAUUAAACGAUACGUCACUGUAACAAAUAAAGGAAAAUGCUUUGUA